AUGCCAGAAACCAUGAUGGAAAACAGGAAUACCUGCGUGGAGGAACGACUGGAUCGAGGCAGAUGUCAGCACAGAAAAGGAUAUAUGGAUACCCGCCAUUGUGGAGAAAGGGCUUCUACGAAACCGAUUCCCAGGCCUCCGAUUUCACCUGAAACAUCUCCAAUACGUGGCAAUCAUGCAGCAGCGGACAGCAAUUAG